GAGAGAUACUACAUGGUAUCGCCAUAGGGGCAUUAUUACGUUAAUAUAGCCAAAAGUAUUGUGUCAUAUUGUUUGGUUAAGGUUCACUUCGAAAUCCUUCGCCAUCUCAUAAUUUUAUCUCCAAUGGAAUUGGGAAGCAUAAUUCACUUCCUUCAAGAUAAGACCAUUUUAGUCACUGGUGCCACUGGCUUCCUCGCAAAAAUUUUUGUGGAAAAAAUAUUGAGGGUUCAACCAAAUGUGAAGAAACUUUACCUUCUUUUGAGAGCCAGAGAUACUGAAUCUGCUACUCAACGUUUACAUGCUGAGAUCAUAGGGAAGGACUUAUUUAGAUUGCUGAAGGAAAAACUUGGUACAAGAUUCAAUUCCUAUGUGUCAGAAAAGUUGACAGUAGUACCUGGAGACAUUUCUCAAGAGGACUUGAAUUUGAAGGACCCAAUUCUAGGGGAAGAGAUUUUCAACGAAACAGAUGUUAUAGUUAAUUUAGCUGCAACAACUAAUUUUGAUGAAAGAUAUGAUGUUGCAUUGGGUAUAAAUACAUUAGGAGUUAUGCAUGUGUUGAGCUUCGCCAAAAAAUGCGUCAAACUAAAAGUGCUAAUCCACGUAUCAACAGCUUAUGUAUGUGGAGAAAAAGAAGGACUCAUACUAGAGGAUCCACAUCACUUUGGCGUGUCACUAAAUGGAGUGCCCGGACUAGACAUUGAUAUGGAAAAAAAAAAUGUGGAGCAGAAAUUGAUUCAGCUUAGAGAGGAAGGAGCCACAGAACAUGAUAUUGAAUUGGCCAUGAAGGACUUGGGUAGUGAAAGAGCAAAGAUGUAUGGAUGGCCAAACACGUAUGUCUUUACAAAGGCAAUGGGAGAAAUGCUUGUAGGAACUACAAAGGGAAACAUGAACGUUGUAAUUGUACGUCCCACAAUGGUUACUAGCACUUACACAGAACCUUUCCCUGGUUGGAUUGAAGGUUUAAGAACCAUAGACAGCAUAGUUGUUGCGUACGGUAAAGGAAAACUAGCAUGCUUCCUAGCGAAUCUUAAGGCAGUUUUUGACGUGAUACCGGCUGACAUGGUGGUGAAUACAAUGCUAGUGGCCAUGGUGGCUCAUGCAAAUCAACCUAGUGAUAUCAUCUAUCAUUUGGGUUCCUCUGUUGUAAAUCCGGUUAAGUACCUUAAUCUUCGAGACUAUAGCGUAAGAUAUUUCAUGGAAAAUCCUUGGAUAAACAAGGAUGGAAAGCCCGUCAAGGUUGGCAAAGUUACCAUAUUGAGCAACAUGGAUAGCUUCCGCAAAUACAUAUACAUUCGUUACCUGCUUCCCUUAAAGGGGCUAGAGCUGGUCAAUGCAGUUUCAUGCCAGUAUUUUCAGAAAAUGUAUCUUGACUUCAAUCGGAAGAUCCGUACUGUCAUGCGAUUGGUUGAACUUUACAAGCCUUACUUGUUCUUCAAUGGGGUGUUUGAUAAUAUGAACACAGAAAAGUUAUUAUCAUCGGCAAGACAAGGUGGGGUAGAGACGGAAUUUUUUUACUUUGACCCAAAAAUGAUUGAUUGGGAGGACUAUUUCAUCAAUAUCCAUUUUCCUGGUAUCAUCAAGCAUGCCUUAAAGUGACCCGUAAUUACGUACUAUGCAGAAGCCGUUUUAGCGUUUAUCAUUUGAAGCUUGAAUUUGUUGUAUUCAAAUUGGUGCUGGCGAGUUUAUAUGUUUGAUAUAUUAUAUAUAUGCAGUGAAUAUUUUGUACUUUGUUCCUCA